GCGCCGGGGGCGGCCCCGCCGCACUCCGCUCCCGGGGCCGCCAUGGAGGAGGCGCAGCGGCUGCUCACCGUGUCCGUGUGGAAGCUUUACCGCUGCCGGCUGCAGCGCGGCGGCCUCCGCCUCCACCGGAGCCUCCAGCUCUCGCUGCUCGUCCGCGCCGCCCGGCACCGCUACCUGACGGCCCGCUCCGCCGCGGGGACCCCCCCGGGGGCGGCACCCGGGGACCCGCUGUGCCUACCGACCCCCGACCGCGGGGACCCCCCGAGCGCCCCGGCCGGCGACCCCCGCAGCGCCCAGCACCGCGGGGACCCCCCGAGCGCCCCGGCCGGCGACCCCCGCAGCGCCCAGCACCGAGGGGACCCCCCGAGCGCCCCGGCCGGCGACCCCCGCAGCGCCCAGCACCGAGGGGACCCCCCGAACGCCCCGGCCGGCGACCCCCGCAGCGCCCAGCACCGAGGGGACCCCCCCAGCCGACAGAUCCCGGACCCCCGCAGCGCCCAAGACCGGGGCGACCCCCCGAACCCACCGACCCCGGAUCCCCGCAGCGGCCAGGGCCGGGGGCACCUACCGACACCGGACCCCGCGAACCGCGACCACCCCCAGGACUCCCCGAGCCGGUACCGCGACCCGCCGAGCGCCCCGAGGCUGCCGCCCCCCCGGGAUCCCCCGAGCGCUCCCCCCGCCACGCUGCCGCCGCCUGAACCGCGACCCCCCGCCGCCCCCCGGCCCCCCGGAACCCCUCCGGCAGCGCGGACCGGCCGCAAGCGACGGAGCAGCGGCUCGGCCGGGCCCGGCCCGGUGCCGGUACCGAGCAAACGGGCGCGGCUGGAGGCGGAGGAGCCGCCGCUCGCCCCGGGGCCGCCCGGCCGCUGCUCGGGGCCGCCCGCCGCCGCCUUCGGCCUCCUGGUCCGUGCCGUCGGGGCGUGCUGAGGACCCCGGAGCACCGGCCACACUCCGCGGAGACCCCUCGGGACAGGAGGCGUGGGGGCACAGAGACCUCCCCCCGGGACAGACGGAACCGGUACGGGGAGGGGAGACGGGGGCAACCCCCCCUCUCCGGGACACAAGGACUCUCGGGGUCCCCGGUGGGCUCCCCCCCGGUGACACCCUCCUCCCACCAUAAUGGACUGCUCUGGAUGAGCGCUUGUGUCGUGCUGGGGGGGCUCCAGGCUGGCCCCGCCCCCCCCAGUUCCCCCCCUCCCUUUUAAUUAUGUUUUGUUAAUAAAAUAAAAGUUUUUUGUGCA